UUCAUUCACAAAAUUGACGAUCCCACCUGAACCAAGAGCCUCAAAUCUCACCCUCUCACCCUUUUCUUUAUAAACUCCACAUGGUUCUUAAAUUUUCAUUUUUCAUUUCAUUUCUGAUAUCAUCAUCCUCUUCCUGCCAUGGCUCAGAAGGUGGUGUUGAAGGUUUUGACCAUGACUGACGAUAAGACCAAGCAGAAAGCCAUUGAAGCUGCUGCUGAUAUCUUUGGAGUUGAUUCAAUUGCGGCUGAUUUAAAAGACCAGAAGCUAACAGUGAUAGGGCAGAUGGAUACAGUGGCAGUAGCGAAGAGGUUGAAGAAAGUAGGAAAAGUGGACAUCAUCUCAGUUGGGCCAGCCAAAGAGGAGAAGAAACCAGAAGAAAAGAAAGAAGAGAAGAAAGAGGAGAAGAAACCGGAAGAAAAGAAAGAAGAGAAGAAAGAGGACAAAAAAUGAAAAACCAUAUGUGAAUUUUUCUCUGUAAUAAUAAUUAUUGUAGCAAAAUUUUCAUUCAUGCUUAGCAAUUAAUGUGAUUAGAUUUAAAAUGGUUUGCGUGAAUCGCCAGAUUUGUCUCGUUGUAAACAAUUAAUAUUAAAGCGCAGGAAGAAGAAGUAGUUUUUGUUUCCA